UCCACGCGCCAGCCAUCAACCCUCGCAACGCCGCCAUGGCUACCCCACGAUCUCUCGCAGCGCCCUUCAGCGUGACACGGCUCGCUGCAUCAUCGCUAUCCACCCUGCGCCCCGAAGUCUGCCGAUUCGCAACGCCAGCAUACCAGACAAUCCGAUGCGCAACGACAUCAAAAACGCAGCCCGCGAAGAAGAAGAAGGCCCGCAACACCUUCCGCCAAUAUGACCUGAAGAAGACCGAGCAGUUCGCCCUUGUCGACGCAAUGCAGUACAUCCGCGCAUUCGAAGUCGGGCGGAACCCUUCAUCCUCCAAGUACGAACUGCACGUGCGCCUGCGCACCCUCAAGAACGGCCCUGUAGUGCGCAACCGAUUACGGCUGCCGCACUCGGUCAAGACAGAUCUGCGCAUCUGCGUCAUUGCGCCCGCGGACUCCAAGGCUGGGCAGGAAGCGCGGUCAGCAGGUGCGACGCUGGUCGGCGAGGAGGAGAUCUUCAAGCAGGUCCAGGAGGGCGUCAUCGAGUUCGAUAGGUGUAUCUGCCACAUCGAUUCGCUGCAGAAGCUGAACAAGGCGGGCUUGGGAAGGUUGUUGGGUCCUAAGGGGUUGAUGCCCAGCACGAAGACUGGCACCGUGGUGACGAAUGUUGGGCCAACUGUGAGGAAUAUGGUUGGUGGUAGCGAGUACAGGGAGAGGCUGGGUGUGAUUCGCAUGGCGGUCGGACAGCUUGGCUUUACUCCUGCGGAGAUGCAGGAGAACAUCAAGUCGUUUAUGGACGCUUUGAAGAAGGAUGUCUCCCAGUUGCAGGACCGCGUGUCGAAGGAGAUUCACGAAGUGGUCCUCAGCUCCACAAACGCACCAGGAUUCACACUAAACGGCGAGUUCAAGGGCCCCAACUCAAUAUCACCCGCCCUCCUCACCGGCCCCUUGUAAAUUUCGUGUAGCUUUUCCGUUGUACAAACAAUGUACCAUAUCAACGCCACCGC